AUGUUACCACAAAAAUUAGGAAAAAUACCUCAAAAUAUUAUUCUACCAGUAAUUCCAACCUUCAUUUCUAUUUCCAUCGGUGCCGUUCUUGGCAUCAAUCACGUGAUAAAAUCAGAAAUUAUCGAAAAAGUUGAAAUCAGGGUCGAUCAGAUUUCUGAGAGAUUGGAUAAACUUCAAGAAACCGUGGAAUUAAUUAAAGCCGAUUUAAAAGUUAUUAAAGGAAUUUUAAUGCAAAAAAAAUGA